AUGACAAGGCCAAACCUCGACUCCCCCUCUUCCCUUUUAGUUUUCCUUGUAAACCAAGAAAAAAACCUAACUGAUUUACUUGAAACUACUUCAACUGCAGUUUUCAACUACUCUCCUGGCCAAGACUCAGUGCUUAGAGUAAACCAGGACGACUAUACAAAUUGCAACACCGAUGCCCCUACUGCGAAAUAUACUGAUGGCCACACUGCCAUCACGUUCGACCAAUCUGGGCCAUUUUAUUUCAUCAGUGGCAACAAAGACAACUGUCUCAAAAAUGAGAAGGUGGUAGUGAUUGUGUUGGCAGAUAGAAAUAGAAAUGCAACUGCCCCUUCGCCUUCAAACUCAACUGAUAUAACCCCAUCUCCAGCUCCUGCCGGUGAAGCGUCUCCACCUUCACCAGAUACAGGGGUGGUCGAGAACCCUACUCUAGCUCCCGAAAGCCCUCCUCCACCUCCCAGCGGGGCUUCUCCAGUUUUCAUGAGUUUGUUGGGGUCCAUUGGAGCUUUUGCUGCAUCCUCAUCACUUUUACUACUCUAACUGGAUAUUGGAUUGUUUGAGUAUAAAGUUCGUUUCUCCUUUGCGAGUUUCCUUCCUCUUUUUUUUUUUAUUCUUUUCUGAUUUAUUGUUUUUAUUUUCUUUAAGCUCAGUAUAUAUCUUUGGACUGGUGUUUGAUAUUCGUUUGUUGCAACUGGAAAAUAAGGAGGGAGUAAAUAAUACUCAUUAGUGUGCUUGUGAGACUCCACCAUAAGGGCCAAUAAUGUAAUUACACAAAGAAAUAAAUUGUUUUUCA